CACGAACACACGGACACACGCGGAGAUGGGAGAGAAGUUUGCCUGCGGCGCGGUCCACUGAACAUUAACUGUAUUCCAUUUGGGGAACAGCAACAAGAGCCUCCGGAGAAGCUUUCCAGGGAAUGCUGAGGAAUAUCCGCCCGCAGUGAAGCACCGCUCACAGCUGACUUUUUCUCUUUUUUACUAAAAUAAGAAGAAGAAGAAGAAAAAAAGAAAAAAGAAAAAAAAAGAAAGAAUAAAACAUUCCAACAUUGCUUAUCCUUAAUGUCGCGAAACUAGUGAGAAGCUCGGGUUGAGUGGGACAGCUGCCGCACGCGGACUGUCGUCUGUCGGAGGGUGCUUUGAAUUUGUGGGUCCUGGAGAAGAAAAGGAGGAAGAGCGGAGACAGAGACGAGACGACCGCCGAACAAGUGAAGAAAAGAGUCCGACUCAGAAUGAAUAACAACAAAACCGAGAAAGAAAACGAGCAGAGUGAAUUCACCAACCACGAAGAGGAGGUCCGAACACUAUUUGUCAGUGGGCUACCACUGGAUAUUAAACCACGGGAGCUCUAUCUCCUCUUCAGACCAUUUAAGGGCUAUGAAGGGUCCUUGAUCAAACUGACUUCUAAACAGCCAGUGGGGUUUGUCAGCUUUGACAGUCGAUCAGAGGCGGAGGCUGCUAAGAAUGCCUUGAACGGGGUCCGUUUCGACCCAGAGAUUCCCCAAACUCUGCGGCUGGAGUUCGCCAAGGCCAACACCAAAAUGGCCAAAAACAAGCUGGUUGGCACUCCCAACCCUCCCCCUUCCCAGCAGAGCCCUGGGCCACAGUUCAUUAGCAGAGACCCAUAUUCGUUGGCUCCCACCUGCAGAUGGAACUCCUCAGGGAUGGAAGUCCAGGCAGUUCUGCUGAAGUAUGUGUUCCUGAUGUGUGAUGGUGGUCGUGGCCGGCUGUGACGGGCGGUGCUGAUUGCCUCUCGUGUCCCAUUAGAAACCAAGAGGACAGACCUGACUCCGGAUCUUGGAGCAGCGCACCGUCGGCAGCAGCAGCCUCAGGACAUACUAGACCCCAGCCUCCAUCGCACAUCGAGCCCCCCCCCCCCCCAAACAAAGUCCUUGCAACUCCUUUUUUAUACUGUUACGUAGCUACUCGGGAUUUAAAGGCAGCGCUUUGGCUACACAUCCUCUGACACAUUCAUAGCAAAGGAGCUCAUGCCCUUUGUUUACCGAUCGACCACAUCGCCUUUUUAACGUUGGAAGAUCUCUUGCUUUGCAUUUUGCACAUGCAAGUGUAAGAACUGAACCACCAGAGGAGUGAAAACAUGUGACAUGCAGCCACUCUGCAAAGCCAGACGAGUGGAAGUGUGGCUAAAGUGCUACUGGGUAAUGUUAUUAUAUGAUCAUAAUUAUUACUAUUCUGUAUAUCAUUCAUAUUAAUGUUAUUAUGAUUAAUAAAUACAUGUUGAAGCAUGACUUUGCAAAAAAAAAAGAAAAAAAAACAUGCUGUACAUUUUUAGAUAUUUUAAAGAAAUACAAAAGGGUAUUUUUGUAAUCAAGACAAUGUUGAAAUGUUUUGAUUGGUUUAUGUUGUGCUAAAGGCGUGUGAGGAACUUUCAUACUUUUUCCUCUUUUGGCAUUUAUGUUUUGUGCCAUUAUAAAGUGAUGAGUCACCCUGACAUACCAAAGCUGUCCUGUCGCUUUGCUACAUGUCCUUUCUACAUAACUGUAGAUUUCAGUUUGCUUGUGUGUGUUUUUGUUUUUAACUGAUGAGCAAACACAGAAGUCCUUCUUUGUCUGGUCAGCUCUGCAGUGAUGUUAGUGUUGAGUGACAACCUGAUCCAGCUCAUAAAUUUGGAGUUUGUGGUAAUCAGAUGCGUUCAAAGAGGCAUUGACAGGAAUAAGCCAUUGCUGGUGAAGGUAGAGUGAUCCCAGAGACGGCAAGACAUGGCAAACUGAGCCCUGCUAUUAUUAGGAAUUUGCUCCUUCAUUGUGUAGCAGGAGGACAGAACGCAGUAUAAAGAAACAAAAGACCAAAGGCAUUUUUCUUACACUGGAGAGCUAUCUAGGCUUGUGGAAUUAUUCCAUUUCUGACUGCUUUGUAGUCCUCAGUCUGAUUUCUUAUGAAGUAUGACAUUAUUUUGCUGCAUGUCCCUUUUGGUGUCACUGCAAAGAGCCACUCUGCAUCUGAAAGAAUAUUCACUUUAAGCAAUUUGACUCUUUUAUCUAUUUUUAGGAAGGCAAUGUGAUUCAACCUGCUUUUGUAAAGUUUGAAUUUACAUAGUAAUGAUAGGGGUGGAAAAAAAAUCUUCUUUUGUAAUUUGGUGUCUUUCUGGGUUCUGCAAUAAUGUCUCUGCUGUAUGACAUAUCAUGAAGUGAUCAUAUUUCUGCAACAUUUUGAUGCCAAAAUUAUCAUUAUUUUCACAUUUGUAAAAAAGAAAAUAAAAAAAAAGAUUCUUGUACUUUUCACGUCACUUUUCACGAUAAUGUGACAAUUACGAACUCAAAUGCUGUAAGAAAACAUUUCCCCUGCUAUGUUUAGCCUAGAUGUGUAAAAUCAUGUUGGGAUGAUGAAAUAAUGAAGUGAGUGUUUGUUAUGAAUAAUGAUAAUAUGCACCAUAUGCAGGUAUAUCAUAUCACCUGAUUUUCUGAAGCAGUUAAUGCUUUUACAGACAUUUUUAAGCCCCAUGUGGCACCAAAUUUAUUAGAACAAGUAUUUAUAUAAAAUGUGUGUGGAUAUGUGUGUGUGUUUUUAAUGGGUGUUUUCUUUUUAAAAUUCAUAGAUGAUGCCCAAAUUAUAAUUCAUUGUAAGUAUUAUUGUAAGUUUAACUGUAUAUUCAUUUGAUAAUUUUUCUAUAGCUUCCUUUUUCUUUUUUUUGGGUUGUUUGUAGCUGUCUGAUUGAAACAGUCUAUAUGUAAUAUGUGAAUACUGUUAUACCUACAUAAUUCACUGUGAAAUCUAGAGAAAAAUAUGCUCCUUGAACAAAUAGAUUCAUAUCAGCAGUAUGGUACAGAACUCCCUGGAAAUUAAAUAAUGAUCCCUUCUUCUGUCAAUGAAAGAUAUUCCUUUACUUGGUUCAGUAUACUGUGUGUAGCUGUGUGUUGUGCAUGUUCACAGCAUGUGUGUGUGUUGUUCUUUUUCUUUUUUUUUUUUCUAAAUGCAUACAAUACUGUUGAUAUUUAUGUAUUUUAGCCACUGUAAGGAGAAUUUCAGUGAAUUGCAGAGGUUUGUCAGACUGAAACAUAAAAAGCUGAUCAAACUGAGAGGUUUUUAUGAAAAUGUUCAAUGAAGACAUUUCAGGCCAUCUGCCAUUAAAGAUUGACAUCA